GGGCUCUGCAGCUCCCACUUCAGAAUCAGCCUGUGAACAGGAGAAGAUUCAGAGCCAUCUUGGUUGCGUGGAAGCUGCUCCAUCUCUACUCGGAUCGCUCUGCUGUGUGGCCACCAUGUGGAAGAUCCUUCUCUCUCUUCUCCUCCUCACCAGCAGCCUCUUGGGCACUCUUGCCCUGGAAGAUCUGGAAAGGAAGGCCUUCGUUUUCCCAGAGGCCUCAAACACUGCCCGUGUAGUUGUGAAGGACAAAAUACAACAUCCCUUGACCAGCGUCACGCUCUGCCUGAGGUUCUACACAGACCUGACCCGUGGCUACAGCCUCUUCUCUUACGCCACCAAGGGCCACAGCAAUGAGUUCCUCCUCUUUGCACUGAAUUCCAAUCAAUACAAGUUGCAUUUUGGAGGCUAUGAAAGGAUCUUCAACGUUCCAGAAGCAUUGAACACCAACCCUGUCGGGAAGCACAUCUGUGUGAGUUGGGAGUCUGCCACGGGUUUAGUGGAAGUCUGGAUCAAUGGGCAACCUUUGGUCCGGAAGAGCUUGGCGAAAGGACACACUAUCCAACCAGAGGGAUUAAUUGUCCUUGGCCAAGAUCAGGAUUCCUUUGGAGGCGGCUUUGACAUCAGCCAGUCCUUGGUAGGGGAGAUCACAGAUGUAUACAUGUGGGACCAUGUUCUGAGCCCUGAUGAGGUGGUGCUUGCCUCGUACAACCACGCUCUUCCUGACUACCUGAUUAACUGGCGAUCACUGAAUUACACCAUCACAGGCUAUGCUGUUGUUAAGCCUGACUUGCUUUCUGUCCACAGAGCUGGGUAGGGCUUGCAAAUAAUGCAAUAAUCUCAGAAGGGCAGUCGGGGGAAUGAUGUAACCUCAAAUUUCUGCAUGGUGAUUCAGUAGAAAGAAAUUGCUCUGCUAAUCUCACUUCUUCUAAUCCAAGGGUGUCAAACAUACGGCCCAGGAGACAGAUCAGGCCCCCACAGGGCUCCUAUCAGGCCUGAGAGAGAGAGAAAGUUGUGUGUGUUGUUAGCUCGUUAUGCCAGUUUGAUGUAGUGGUUAAGUGCGCUGACUCUUAUCUGGGAGAACCAGGUUUGAUUCCCCACUCCUCCACUUGCACCUGCUGGCAUGGCCUUGGGUCAGCCAUAGCUCUGGCAGAGGUUGUCCUUGAAAGGGCAGCUGCUGUGAGAGCCCUCUCCAGCCCCACCCACCUCACAGGAUAUCUGUUGUGGGGGAGGAAGGUAAAGGAGAUUGUGAGCCGCUCUGAGACUCUUCCGAGUGGAGGGCAGGAUAUAAAUCCAAUAUCUGCUUCUUGUGGGUGCAACUGGGUUUUGCCUCUCCCUUUUGUCUGUAUUCAUGCCUUCACUAUCCAGUCUUUCUCAGUAGGAAAGCAAUGUGAACUAUUUAGAUGAGGAAUAACAACAAGCAAGUCAGGUGGAUAGGCUGAGAGUCCAGACCAGGUUCACCCAACACAUUUCCUUUGUAGACUGGGGAUCUUAACUAAUCUUCCCAUAUAAGUAGACUGAUAAUGAUCACUGUACAUUGUUGUCUCUGUAUUUUUGCACGGCCUCAAAGGAGUUGUUGCAGUUGUUUCUCUGGGGAAGACUAUAGUGUUGUAGAUAAACACAUAGCCCUCUGAGUCUUCGUGCCUUCACAUGUUCUUGACCAGCACAAGAAGCAGUUUAUGUACAAAAGUUCCUAAAGCCCAGCCAUUUCAUGUUUUCCUCUGGAGUUUAGGCUCAAAGCAGUGAAUGUGAAAUUUCUGUAAUGAAUGUCAAUAAAUCAAAAGUAGGUUUGCAACGUACAGAUACACACCUGAACAACACCUGAACAGCAUACUCAAGAUUGCUGCAACACAGACAUUGUUUCCAGCUUUUGAUGAAAUAAUUCAGAGCAAGAGGUGUCAGUUGAGCCUGUUAAAGAAACCAAAUAUUGCAAGAGUGCUAAUCUUUUAAGUAUGUUUUAUUUUAAGGGAUUUUUUUAAAAAAACCAAAAUCUUCAAUUGUGCUUGUCUGUGUCCUUUAUAAAAAUUUCUAUCUACGCUACCUGGCAUCACAUUUUACGACAUACAUGGCCUAGCCCAACAAGGUCUCAUCUAUAUCAGACUCAGCCCUCUUAACAAAUGAGUUCAAAACCCGUUCUAGCCUGUUGAAGAAGACUUCCUAUGACAAUUGUAAGACUGCUUUCACCAAUAAAAGAUUUCAUUAUGCC